UUCUUCACUAAAUAUCGGUUCGUAGCUAUGGCAACUACCGGUUCAGCGGCACAGGUUACACCCAAGCAUUUGAUGAGUCUGCAUGACUUAUACAUUGUUGACGGGAAGGGAGUGCCACCCCUUCAGCAGACAGCUCUUGCUCCGGACAUCAGUUAUACCCCAAAUCUAUCCAGGUAUCUUAGUCGGGUAUCGGAGAAAACCCGCUCUGGGAACCUAGAGAAAGAGGUUCCAUCAGGCUGGCCGAAAUAUCUGGACUCGCCCCUCGCAUGGACAGGUGUGGAUUUUCCGAAACGGGAAACGUAUGUCCAUCAAUUAUCUAGUGAAGAGAAAGCCGACAUAGAGAAAGCGUUGGAGUACUUCAAAGGACUUGGUCUCAACGGUGACGAGGUGAGCCGAGACAGGUUCCCACUCACCAUCUUGAACAUCUUUCUCGAGGAAGCUCGCCGGGACCUUUCUCACGGAACAGGAUUCUUCAUCCUGCGUGGCCUGAACCCUGAGAAUUACACAGCCGAAGACCUUACCGUCAUCUUCCUCGGCAUUUCCAGCUACAUCUCAGGGAAGCGUGGUAGGCAAGAUGAGACUGGAAGGAUGCUUACACAUAUUACUGAUUGCGCUGCAUCGUGCAGUCGCCAUGGGCUGUCCCCGACAGAACAUUCCAAGAUUGCUCAACCCUUCCACGCAGAUAAUGCAUGUGAUAUUAUCGGCGUACUGGCUCGCAGUUGCGCCGCACACGGUGGGGGAAGCAUCCUAAGUUCUUCGUGGAGAAUGUACAACGAACUGGCGGCUACACGGCCAGAUAUAAUCCACGUUCUGGCCACGGCCGACUGGCCAGUCGAUAGUUUCGGCCGUGAUCCUCCUUACAGUCGUCGGGCUCUUCUCCAUCACCACGAAGACAAUAUCAUCCUCUCGUUCGCACGACCUCCUCUCACCGGGCAUCAUUCCUUCCCUAGAAGUGCAGGAAUUCCGAAUCUGACUGAAGCCCAAGCUGAAGCACUGGAUACUGUGCACUUUAUCGCCCAGUCACAUCAACUGAUAACGACCAUCGAGGCAGGGGACAUACGCUUCUUCAAUAACCUGGGUCUGCUACAUUGUCGGGAACCUUAUGAAGAUAAAGAAGGACAGAGGAGACACCUUGUGAGGCUAUGGCUGCGGGAUGAGACCGGGGAGUGGCCGUUGCCACCUUCCCUGAGAUUAUCCUGGGCUCGAGUGUUCCAAAAUGAUGGCCGCCAGGAGAGAUGGGAAAUUGAGCCACCAGCAGUCGAUUGGGAGAUAAUCCGUCAUCGCGUAUCUCACGGCGAUUGAGUAGUCUUUUGCUCGGGCUUUGAAUAUUUCGUACAUGGAUUUUUGGGUCCGCGGUUCACUAUUGUUUCAAAAAAGCGAUCUACUUUCGGUGUUGUUGUUUCUGCGUGUACUGCAACGGUCUUGAAAAAUAGUGAUAGUAGUUAUUAUAGCAAAUUAACCGCUUC